AUGGCAAUCGUUGAACGCCUUACUGAGGACCUCGAGAAGCCCUCCGUCGACGAUCGCUCAUACCGUGUGAUCCGUCUUCCAAACAAGUUAGAGGCUCUACUAGUCCAUGAUCCAGAUACGGACAAGGCGAGCGCGUCGGUUAACGUCAACGUUGGCAAUUUCUCAGACGAUGAUGACCUCCCGGGAAUUGCCCAUGCUGUUGAACAUGCUCUCUUUAUGGGGACUAAGAAGUACCCCAAAGAAAAUGCCUACAACCAAUACCUAGCAGCACAUUCUGGGCAUUCAAAUGCAUACACUGGAGCAACGGAGACAAAUUAUUUCUUUGAAGUAGCUGCCACAGCAACCUCAGUUUCCAAAAGCACUCAGUCGAGCACUCCCGCCACCCCAAUACCCGCAGAGGUGGAGCCAUUGACGGAUGGCCUUUCAAGACCAACCAUACCGCUCACUGCUACUGCUGCCGACAGUGCAGUGUCUUCUUCCAGCGAUUUGGUCCCCCCUCUUUAUGGUGCUCUUGAUCGAUUUGCCCAGUUCUUCAUUGCUCCACUUUUCCUCGAGGCUACCCUCGACCGCGAGCUCAGGGCUGUAGACUCGGAAAAUAAGAAGAAUCUCCAGAAUGACGACUGGAGACUCAUGCAGCUCAACAAGUCUCUUUCAAACCCCAAACAUCCCUACCACCAUUUUUCGACCGGAAAUUUGCAAACAUUGAGGGACGGACCCCAGUCACGUGGUGUUAAUGUACGUGAUGAAUUCAUUCGGUUCUACGAAACAAACUACUCGGCAAACCGUAUGAAACUUGUUGUCCUGGGUCGCGAAUCUCUGGAUGAGCUAGAGGGGUGGGUUGCAGAACUGUUCGCCGAUGUCAAGAAUAAAAACCUGCCGCAAAAUAGAUGGGAUGAUGUGCAGCCAUAUACGCCGGCCGAUUUACAGAAGAUUUGUUUCGCUAAACCAGUCAUGGAUACUCGAUCCUUAGAUAUUUUCUUCACUUACCAGGACGAAGAGAAUCUAUAUGACUCUAAGCCAGCUCGGUAUAUCAGCCAUCUGAUCGGCCACGAAGGCCCCGGAAGCAUCCUUGCCCAUAUCAAAGCGAAGGGCUGGGCAUAUGGUCUUUCUGCUGGUCCCAUACCCAUCUGUCCAGGCUCCGCGUUCUUUACGAUAUCCAUCCGCCUUACCGAAGACGGUGUCAACAACUACCAGGAAGUCAUUAAGACCAUCUUCCAAUACAUUUCGAUACUCAAAUCACGAGUGCCAGAAGAAUGGAUUUUCGAAGAGAUGAAAACUCUUGCAGAAGUCGAUUUCAAAUUCAGGCAGAAGUCCCCAGCAAGUGGUUUCACAAGCAGCCUCAGCAGUGUGAUGCAGAAACCAUUCCCUCGUGAAUGGCUCCUUAGCGGGCCCUAUUUGCUGCGGAAAUUCGAUGGACAGGCCAUCCAACGCGCUCUAGAUUGCUUCCGGAUCGAUAGUUUCAAUAUCGAACUUGUUUCGCAGACGUAUCCCGGGAACUGGGACUCGAAGGAGAAAUGGUACGGGACCGAAUACAGAGUCGAGAAGCUCCCAACAGACCUGCUCUCUGAAAUCGGACGCAUUCUGGAGGCCCCUUCAUACAAUCCGAUGCCAGAGCUUCAUUUGCCACACAAGAAUGAAUUCCUCCCGACUCGCUUUGAUGUUGAAAAGAAAGAGGUUGCGCAGCCGGCAAAAAGGCCAACUCUCAUCCGGAACGACGACCGUGUCAGGGCAUGGUUCAAAAAGGAUGACACUUUCUAUGUCCCUAAAGCAAGUGUUGAAAUUAUCCUUCGGAACCCGCUGGCAUAUGCCACCCCUGGAAACAAUGUUCUUACAAAACUAGCGUGUGGGCUAAUCCGAGAUGAUCUUCAAGAGUACUCCUAUGAUGCUGAGCUAGGUGGGCUUGAUUACAGUUUAUCCCCAAGCGUUUUCGGUCUCGAGGUGUCGGUGUCUGGAUACAAUGAUAAGAUGGCAGUCCUCUUGGAAAAAGUUCUACAUAGCAUGAGGGACUUCAGAGUCAAGCCUGACCGGUUUAAGAUCGUUAAACAGCGAAUGGCCGAUGGAUUCUCGAAUUCUGAGUAUCAACAACCCUACCAUCAGGUUGGAAAUGUGACAAGGUACCUCACGGCGGAGAAGACGUGGAUUACCGAGCAACUGGCAGCUGAGUUAGAGCACAUCGAACCCGGAGAUGUAGCCGCUUUCUUCCCGCAACUCCUCCGUCAAACCCACAUUGAGCUUCUGGGCCAUGGUAAUCUUUAUAGGGAAGACGUUCUGAAAAUGGGAAACAUGGUCGAAUCCGCAUUCCAUGCCCGCCCAUUGCCGCGGUCCCAAUGGAACGUGCGACGGAACAUAAUCAUACCACCAGGAAGUAAUUAUAUCUACGAAAAGACUCUCAAGGACCCCGCAAACAUUAACCACUGUAUCGAAUAUUAUCUUUUCGUAGGCGACAUUACGGACCCGCAAUUACGUGCCAAGUUGCUCUUGUUCGGUCAGCUCACCAACGAGCCCGCGUUCGACCAGCUCAGAACGCAGGAACAGCUAGGCUAUGUCGUAUGGAGCGGCAUCCGGUACGGUGCCACCACAUUGGGGUAUCGGGUCAUCAUCCAAAGCGAAAAACCCAACCAGUACCUAGAGUCUCGCAUCGACGCUUUCCUCAUCCGCUUUGCUCGGGCGCUUGACAGCAUGACCGACGAGGAAUUCGAAGACCACAAACGCAGUCUCAUCAACAAGCGCCUGGAGAAGCUGAAGAACCUGAAUUCCGAAAUGAGUCGGUUCUGGUCGCAUAUCACGUCUGAGUACUUCGACUUUACCCAGCAUGAGACCGACGCGGAGAAGGUGGCGGGAUUGACAAAAGAUGAUAUUGUCGAGUUUUACCAGCAGUAUAUCGACCCGCAAUCACGAACGCGCGCGAAGUUAUCCGUCCAUUUGAACGCGCAAUCCAGCGCAACCGAUGACGAGCGCAAGAAAAAGGUAGUCGAGAAACUGUCAAACCUUGUAUCAUCGUCGUCAACGGAGUUCGAUAGCGAGAAAUUCAAAGCGUCAUUCGCCAACGUGAAUUUCAUGACGACUGACGUCAUGACGAAUAAAGACGCCAUCGUGUCAAUUCUCAGGGGAUUUCUGGAGACUGAACUAAAGCUAGAUAGCGAGAAAGUGACCAGCAUCGUCGAACCGGCUACACACGUGCUUAAUGAGAUACUACAAGGGCUCGAGAUAAAGGCUAUACCUUCACCCCCCUCGACAACUGGGGGCGCCGCAGUCCCUGCUACCGAGAAAGUCAACGUAACGGUUAACGGGGCAAUCAAUGGGACGACCAAUGGCGCCGCAAAUGGCCAUGCUGUCAUACCAGCGCCGUCGUCAAAGCCCGGGCAGCCGGCGUACAUUACCAACGUGUCGGAAUAUAAGGCGCGUCUUGCCGUCAGUGCUGGGCCGUCUCCAAUCGUGGACCUGAGUGAGUUUGAGGAGAUUGAUCCGAAGUUGUGA